CUGGCAGAAUGAGGCAGUGUAAAGGCUGGAGCUUGGUGCUGUUGAUGCUGUUGGGUCUGGGGUGUUUGGCCCAGAAGCUGCCUACAAGAGAUGAAGGGCUCUUUCAGAUGCAGAUCAGAAACAAGAUGUUGUUUCACGACUCCUCCAUCAUACCAGACGGAGCUGAGAUCAGUGGCUACCUUUUCAGGGACACGCCCAAAAGGUACUACUUUGUGGUGGAGGAAGACAACACACCCAUGUCUGUGAUAGUGACACCCUGUGAUGCUCCUCUGGAGUGGAAACUCACCCUGCAGGAGCUACCAGAAGAGUCCAGUGGAGAGGGAUCAGGAGAGCCUGAACCCCUGGAUCAGCAGAAACAGCAGGUGACUGUAGACGAGGGCACGGAGCUCUUCACUUACAAGGGUAAUGAUGUGGAGUCCUACGUGGCAACCAGCACGCCCUCUGGUCUCUAUCAGCUGGAGCUGCUGUCCACUGAGAAAGACAGCAACUUCAAGGUGUAUACCACCACAACUCCAGAGUCAGACCAACCCUAUCCAGAGCUGCCCUAUGACCCCCGGGUGGAUGUGACUGCACUGGGCUGCACCACUGUUACGCUGGCCUGGAAGCCAACACCAACGGGCUUUCUGAUGGGUCAGCCUGUUCAGUACUGUGUGGUGAUCAACAAGGAGCAUAAUUUCAAAAGCAUGUGUGCUGCUGAAGCUAAAAUCAGCACAGAUGAUGGUUUCAUGUUAGCUCCAAAGCCCGGCAGAGACUUUAGCCCAUUUGACUUUGUGCACUUUGGCUUUGUUCCCUCUGACAAUGGUUUUGGCAAGGAUAGAGGACUUACAAGUAACAAGAUCUCACGGGCAUACACAGCCAAACCCAAAGUAUCUGACAUUCAGAAGAUAUGCAUUGGAAACAAAAACAUUUUCACUGUGUCAGACCUUAAACCAGACAUGCAGUACUAUUUUGAUGUGUUUGCUGUAAAUUCUGCUACCAACACCAGCACGGCGUACGUGGGAACCUUUGCUCGCACUAAAGAGGAAGUUCGUCAGAAAACACAUGAGCUGAAGGAUGGCAAAGUGUCGGACAUUUUCAUCAAGAGAAAGGGCACCAAGUUUCUGCGUUUUGCUCCCGUGUCCUCCCAUCAAAGGGUCACACUGUUUGUUCACUCGUGUCUCGAUGCAGUGCAGGUACAGGUUAGGAGAGAUGGCAAGCUGUUGCUCUCCCAGAACGUCGAAGGCGUACGGCAAUUUCAGCUGCGAGGGAAGCCCAAAGCCAAGUAUCAGAUUCGCUUACGGGGAAGCCGGAAAGGCGCCUCCACUUUAAAGGUGCUCUCCACCACGCGGCCAAGCAGCAAACAGCCUUUCCCUUCUCUUCCGGAGGACACUCGCAUCAAAGCCUUCGACAAGCUGCGCACCUGCUCCUCCAUCACCAUGGCUUGGCUGGGCACACAGGACCGCAACAAGUAUUGCAUUUACCGUAAGGAGGUGGCUGAGAAUUAUGGCGAAGAGCAGCGACGUCGAGAACAAAAUCAGUGUGCUGGGCCAGAGACCCGCAGGAAGUCAGAAAAGGUCCUGUGCAAGUAUUUCCACAGCCCAAAUCUGCAGAAAGCUGUGACAACCGAGAACAUCACAGGGCUGGAACCAGGCAAGACCUACCUGCUGGACGUUUAUGUGGUGGGACACAUUGGCCACUCAGUGAAGUACCAGAGCAAACUGGUGAAAACAAGGAAAUACUGCUAAAAAA